AUGGCUGCUGAGGCCGGAGACAAGCCCGCGGUCGUCGAUGGCGCUACCCCCGAGGCGACACCAAAUUCCACCGUCGAACUGCCCGUCCGAACGACGAAACGAGAUGCUACGCCGCCGCCAGGCCAGUCGCUCACCGGAAAGCAGGAGCACUACCUAAAGCGAGAGCUCAUCUCUGAGCAGGUAAAAUGGGAGAUUAACGAGCUCAACUCCACGACGGCCCUCCAGCGCUUCGGUGCGCCCUUCCGCUCCGAUCAUGGAGAGGUCUCACCCCAAGAAUCCGAGCUGCCUAUUCUGCGAUACAUCUUUGUUCAUCAUGUUCGAGACUUUCCCUUCCUAGACAAGGCGCGCGAGAAGGAAUUCUGGCAGGACAAGCUCCAGGUGUUCCUUGAGUCCUUUGCAGGCAAGUCAAUCUCAUCCUCUGAGGAUCGCCUGGAGGAGACGAAACGCCGAAAGCUCGCCACCAAGGCUAGAAAACUUGUUGAGUUGAUGAUGGUCUCCGGAAUCGGAACAUCAUCUGGUUUCGAAGAGCGCAUUCGAUUUUCAGAGAUUGAGAUCGUGGAUAGCAAUGCCAUCGAGACUGGGGUGAUGCAUACCCUGCCCGAGGGCAACUAUAUCAACGGCUGGGAUGUCAACGUUGCCGGUGUGCGCGUCACUCAGGUCAAGCAUACGAUUCGAAAGCAUAAACACGCCGAGUUCAUCUUGAGGGUCAAAAAGAAGGGAGAGUUGGAAUACUACGUUGGCCGGAGGUACAGCGACUUUGCAAAGCUUCAUAGGCGACUGCGCAAUGAGCUCCCUGGUCGAGUACUACCGGAUAUGCCUAAGAAGAACAAGUCCGACACAACGACCGCCUUGACAUCUGUAUUCAGCAAUGGAAACGACUCAGAUGCUUCCUCCAUCUCUUCAGUAUCAACCCGGGUAACUGGCCUUGCCCCUACUCCCGAUGGCUCUUCAUCAAUGCUUUCACCCGGUAAGGCGAUCAUUAAUCUCUGUGAUUCUCAUACUGACACACGUCAAGGUCAUCGCAGGGCUGGCUCAGCGGCUUCUUUCCGAUCAAGCCGCUCAAGGGGACUGAAUUCACCCAAGAUUCCUUCACCGCGAGCAUCUACCACUGUCGUUCUCUGGCGUGAGAAUCAGCGUAUCUCACUUCGGUCCUUCAUUCGAUCUCUCCUACACAACCCCCAGGUCGCCAAUACAAACGCCAUACAGGAAUUCUUGACUGGUGAACCUAUCACCCCGGCAGAUGAAGAUGUAGAGGACAUUAUCCGGAGAAAGGCGCUCGACGAAAAGCGUAUGGAAGAACAGAAGCAAUUCUACGAGAUUGCCCGGAAACGAGCUGCUGAGCUUGAUGAGUACAUGGAACAGUUCCGCCGAGACAUUGUCGAACGCAAUGGACUCACAAUGCUCUUCAAGGAGAUCAAGGAAAAGGAAACGAUCCCGGACCUCAGCAUCCAGUAUCGAAAGUUUGCCGAGUGGCUUCGUAUUGAGAUUGCCGCCGUCAUCUAUCACCUUUUCCUUGCCGAGGACAACUCCCCUGAGCUCUUUGCACAGGCGAAGCGGAUUCACUCUCUUAUUCCGUACUCACUCAUGAAGAAUGUGAUUCGAAUCGCCAACCCAGCUGCCGUCAUGUCGGGCGUUCUCGAUAUCUUCCUGGCUCAGCCCUUUGGCACGCGGUCGUUGAUGCAGAGAAUCUUCUCUCUGACUCUCAACGACGGUAUCAGGAGCUUCCAGAAAUCAAUCGAUAUCCUGAGUACUAAGAUCAGUGACCCAGUCUUCUCAGACAAGAUGUACAAGUACACACACUCGGAAGAGCACAUCAAGCUGGCUAUCCGUGAGGAGGCCGAGGCGGAUGACGUGGACCUGAUUGUUGCAAUCUUGAGAUCAGACCUCAUCGAGCCAGGGCUGACAGGAGAGCAAAUCCAGAGGCUCUACAAUGCCUACGUCGCAUUCAACAAUGCUGUCGAAAAUAUUGAUGAAGAGUUGCGGCAGGGUGCCGAGCUGUUUUCAUACCUGAAGCAGUACCUCAAGCUCUGCACUCGUCAGCGGGACAAGGAAAUGAUGCUUCAGUUGAUCGAAGAGCCUGUGACACUGCAGCUUUUCCGGGAUCUCUUUACGAUCUUUUACGAACCUCUUGUACGAGUUUACAAGUCGGCAAAUGUCUACAACAGUGUCACAGACUUUGCUGUGUUUAUCGAUGACAUGAUUCAGGUUGUCGACAAGUGCAGAGAGCAAGACGCUUCUGCCGACCCCAACCAAACUGUUCAAGCAUUCAUCGACCUCUGUCAGAGACAUGAGCAUAAUUUUUACAAGUUUGUUCAUGAAGUUCAUACACACGACAACGGCCUCUUUACCCAGCUCAUGGGCUGGAUCGAGGGCAUCCUUGAGUUCCUUCGAAAGGGUCCAAAGAACGGAACUCUCAACGUCAACGCAUUGUUCGAGGGCGGCGUUAGCACGGGACUGCUGGACAAGACCAAGGCAAUUGAGGAGAUCAAUGCACUCAUCGCAUGGCAAGAAGCACGAAAGAAGUGGCACAACGACAAGACGCGGCAGAAGAUGGCGGCAGAGGGACAUGCGGGAAGUGACAUGAUGCCCACUGGAAUGGCCUUUAACUCAUCAGACUUUGGGCUUGAUAGCGAUGACCUUGAAGACAUGGCAUACGACGAUGGGUCUGAUUCGGAGCUAGAAGCGGAGCAAGAGGAUGAGAUGGAUCCCAUCGAAGCUGAGAGACGACGCAGAGCCAAGCGACAGGAUCGCUUACGGCGAAGUGCAGGAGAACCAGUAAAACCUCCCGUCGGCGAGGUUCACAAGCUGACGGAGAAUUUCCUGGUCAUGUUGCGGGACCCGGACUUUGAAGACCGGCGGGUUCUCCUAGCUUCUCGGCUUUGUAUCCGGGCCGGUCGUGAUAGUGGAUCCGACAGCACAUGCCGAGCCACAGGAGCGCCGGGAACGGCGGGGGGGAGGAGCCGAAGGGAAAAUGCUUCCGGCUCGGCACGUGAUGAGCUGGAAGUUCUCGUCGUCAUGGAUUCUCAACAGCGAAUUCUCCCGAACCCUGGGGCGAGGAAGCGAGGUUGGAGGCAAAGAAUGCCAACGCUGAUUGGCCGGAUCAACCGAGGAGCCGAGAGAAUCCGUCCCGGUAGAGCCUCGCGGCGUGCGCCCAAAAAACGUCAAGGGAAAUGUCGAUUGGCUAAACAUCAUCCCUCCCAAAAGUUCAAACCUGCCUUUGCUCGCUCGAGCUCUCCGGGGCCUCAUUGUGCUUUACUGACCAUUGAGAAUAGUUCUCGCGGGCCGCUAGCCCGAGUCAUCGCCAAUGGUCCUCUCCGUGCUAAGGAGGCCUCUCCUUUCGUGAGCACCAAGUACGCCGUCAUCGACCACGAGUACGAUGCCCUCGUCGUUGGUGCCGGUGGUGCCGGUCUGCGAGCCGCCUUCGGUCUUGCUGAGGCCGGUUUCAACACUGCCUGUAUCUCCAAGCUGUUCCCGACCCGAAGUCACACUGUUGCUGCUCAAGGUGGUAUCAACGCCGCCCUCGGUAACAUGCACGAGGACGACUGGCGAUGGCACAUGUACGAUACCGUCAAGGGUUCAGAUUGGCUGGGUGACCAGGACGCUAUUCACUACAUGACCCGCGAGGCUCCCGCUUCCAUUAUCGAGCUUGAGAACUACGGCUGCCCUUUCUCGCGAACCGAGGAAGGCAAGAUCUACCAGCGAGCUUUCGGUGGUCAGUCCAAGGAGUUCGGCAAGGGUGGCCAGGCCUACCGAUGCUGUGCUGCCGCUGACCGAACCGGCCACGCCCUCCUUCACACCCUCUACGGCCAGUCCCUCCGCCACAAGACCAACUACUUCAUCGAGUACUUCGCCCUCGACCUGAUCAUGCAGGACGGUGAGUGCCGCGGUGUCCUCGCCUACAACCAGGAGGACGGCACCCUGCACCGAUUCCUUGCCAACCACACUGUCCUCGCCACUGGUGGUUACGGCCGAGCCUACUUCAGCUGCACUUCCGCCCACACUUGCACUGGUGACGGUAUGGCCAUGGUCGCCCGUGCCGGUCUCCCCAACCAGGAUCUCGAGUUCGUCCAGUUCCACCCCACUGGUAUCUAUGGUGCUGGCUGCCUGAUCACCGAGGGUGCUCGUGGUGAGGGUGGUUUCCUCCUCAACUCCGAGGGUGAGCGAUUCAUGGAGCGAUAUGCUCCUACUGCCCGCGAUCUUGCUUCUCGUGACGUCGUCUCCCGAUCCAUGACCAUGGAGAUCCGCGACGGCCGUGGUGUCGGUGCUGAGAAGGACCACAUCUUCCUCCAGCUGAGCCAUCUGCCCGCCGAGAUUCUUGCUGAGCGUCUGCCCGGUAUCUCUGAGACUGCCGGUAUUUUCGCUGGUGUCGAUGUCCGCAAGCAGCCCAUUCCCGUUCUUCCCACCGUCCACUACAACAUGGGUGGUAUCCCUACCCGAUACACCGGUGAGGUCCUCACCGUCGAUGAGCAGGGCGAGGACAAGGUUGUCCCUGGCCUGUACGCUUGCGGUGAGGCUGCUUGCGUGUCUGUCCACGGUGCUAACCGUCUGGGUGCCAACUCCCUGCUGGAUCUUGUCGUCUUUGGCCGUGCCGUUUCCCACACCAUCCGUGACAAGUUCAACCCCGGCGAUGCCCUGAAGCCCACUGCUGCUGAUGCUGGUGCCGAUCACAUCGAGGUCCUCGACAAGGUCCGAACCGCCGACGGCUCCAAGAGCACCGCUGAGAUCCGUCUUGCUAUGCAGAAGGCCAUGCAGACUGAGGUCAGCGUGUUCCGAACCCAGGAGAGCUUGGACGAGGGUGUCCGCAAGAUGAAGGAGAUUGAUGCCCUGUACGCCGAUGUUGGCAUGAAGGACCGCAGCAUGAUCUGGAACUCUGAUCUCGUCGAGACUCUCGAGCUCCGAAACCUCCUGACUUGCGCCAUGCAAACCGCCACCUCUGCCGCCAACCGAAAGGAGUCUCGCGGUGCUCACGCCCGCGAGGAUUACCCCGACCGAGACGACAAGAACUGGAUGAAGCACACCCUCUCCUUCCAGAGGGAGCCCCACGGCGAGGUCGAGCUCAAGUACCGCAAGGUCAUCUCCACCACCCUGGACGAGGCCGAGUGCAAGCCCGUGCCGCCCUUCAAGCGUGUAUACUAAGUGGGGUGCGGUCUGGGACGUCGAGGAGUUAUUUAGAUUGUUGGGAAACUUGACAUGAUUCUACGCAAGGCAGCGUCUCCUUUGUGGCAAGAUGUGCAAUAUAUAUCCGUUAGGGGAAUGGCAUCAAGAAGGGAAGAGAAAGCGAGAGGUUGGUCCCCGGGGGUCACGACGGAGACCCUUGAAGAGGUGGGGGCGUGUAUUUGUCGGUUUUUUGUAGCCCAGGUUAAAAGAAUUGAAAAAGAACAGUUUUUUUGUCCUA